GGGGCUCAGUGUAAGUUGGACCUGCUUAGUGCGAAGACGUCGCGCGCCUAGUCUCUCCUGUCGUGUAACACGUGUGAAGAUGCCAUAUCUGAAAGUGUGUCAUUAUUUUGGAGCUUAAAACUUUAAUACUUUUUCGUGAUUUGGUGCCUCGUUGUUGAACGUUAAAUUGAGGCAUUCUUCUGAGGGAAACUGGAAGGAAAACUUAUUUCUGACAAGGCAGAAUUGAAGGAUACCGUGAGGCAGAGAGAUAGAGGGAGAGAGAGAAAUAUUUAGAGACAGAGACAAAGGAAGAGAGAUAUAGACCAAGAAAUAGUUCAAAAUGAAACUACAGGACAUUAUUCUUCAACUAUUGCUGCUGACUUUGUACAGUGGAAAAUGGAAGGGCCGGUGCGAAGUCGCCCAGGACAACAUCGCUCUCCCUCAGGAGGAAUCCCGCCAGUUCGUCCUGCCUGCCCCUGGGAUAAGGCACAGGCCUGGCCUAGGGGGGCUUUCCUCCGAAGGAGGAGGUGGAGGGGGCUUAGGAAAACAGCUACAAUCCUUCGGAGUGAACCCGAACUUUGGCGUUAAUCUACAGCCGAUUCAGACGCCGUCUGCAGGAAUCGUAGGCAACCUGCUUCCUCUACAGCCUACAGUAGCCAUGGCUCAGGUGGUGUCUCUAGACGUAGCCUGUCAGAGGGAUCAGAUGACGGUGCGUAUCGUCUUCGACGGUGACUUCAACGGGCUUAUGUAUGCUAAGGGCUUCUACGACCUGCAGCAGUGCCACUACGUCCGGUACGGGACGGGUGGUCGUGAAUUCGAGUUCCUGGUGCGGGCGGGGUCCUGCGGCACCCAGUUCGUGGAGGUUCCUGGAACGCCGCCCUACCUGGAGAACAUCGUUGUCAUCCAGAACGAGCCUGGAAUCCAGGAGGUAUGGGACACCGCCCGCGGCGUCAGAUGUGUCUUCGACACGGCCAGGGAAGGCUCCUCCAGCCAGCACGUCAGCGCCGCCCUCAACGUAGCCAUGUUGGAUCAGAAGGUGGUGACCUUCGCUGCUGACACGAAGGGGUCGGCUUCCCUCGACGUCCAGGUGGGUCGCGGGCCCUUCGCCCCGUCGGCCUCCGGGAUGGUCAAGAUCGGAGAGCUGAUGACGAUGGUCGUGGCCGUGGAAGGACCCGCCAAUGUCGACGUCUUCGUCAGGGAGUGCAUAGCCCACGACGGCACCAAGAGAGACCCUUAUCAGCUGACUGAUCAGAACGGGUGCGUCCUGGGCAACAAGAAGAAAGUCCUGGGCUCUUGGCAGAAGACCCGAGACACUGGGAGUACCCAGAUACCUGUAGUGGCUUAUGCCCAUUUCCAGGCUUUCAAAUUCCCCGACAAAACUGACGUCUACAUCGAGUGUGAGGUCGACCUUUGUAGCAACGCAUGCCCUGUCUGCCCCGAGGAUGGAGGGGCUGGCAGGAAGCGUCGAGCGGUCCCAGUACAGAAAGAAACCACAGAUGACAAAUUCGGAACUUUGGAGGAAGCCGCUGACGAAGUAGAGGCUUUGCUCUACGGAGGGGCGUCUCCUUCAACCUCCUCCACCUCUUCUAGCAGCAGUGGCAGCAGAAGGAACAGCAUCAGCGACGAAAACGACAAAAAUAAGUCGAGUGCAGAAGCAGCUGUGAAGCUGGCCAGGCGUCUGAGGGUCAUCUCCCCUGAAGAUUAUUCAAUAGUGAAAGAUUCUCCCAUCACUCUGGUCACGAAGGAAUCUGGCCCCAGAGACGCCGACGGGAUGUGUAUGAGCGUGGCCGAAUUCGUGGCCGGCUUAGUCGUCAUGUUCGUCAUCUUGGUCCUGUCGUCCGUCGUAACGGCCGUCCUCUGCAUCCGGAUCCGGACUAUUCCAUCCACGGCGUCCACCUACCCGCCGGAUUCCUCCUUCCACGCCUUCAGCACCGUAUCCGGCAAGACCUUGUGAGGCCGGUUGGAGGAAGGUUAAAAAAAGGUGUUUUUUUUUCAUUUCCCUAUAUUUUUGUAGUGUGGACGAAUUAUCGUUGUUUUUGAUUGGAGUUGGCCUUAUGCCAGCCAGCACGGGCUCUCGCUCAUAGAGCAGCCCGUAAAGGACGAGGUAGGAAGGCGAUCUUUGUUUGUUUGGGGUUGUGAAAGAUGGUAGGAGAGAUAGUACCUAAUACUGAUAUCAAUAUUUAAACGAAAAAAAAAAAUUACAUCUUAGUCUAACCAGACCAAUGAGGAGCUGAUUAUAACAGCUCUCCUAGGGCUGGCCCGAGGGAUUAGAUUUCUAUUGACGUGUCUAGGCACCCAUUGGUUUCUUAGCAACGGGACCUACAGCUUAUUGUGGGAUCCAAACCGCGUCAAAUCGAGAAAUGAAUUUCUAAUCACCAGAGAAAAUUCCUCUAGGUCCUCAUUGGCGGCAGGCGGGAGCGAACUCAGGCUACCAGAUUGGUAGGCGAGUAUGCAACCCACUCGUCCAGUUAGGAGCUAAUAUUCAAAUAAAGCCAAAAUCAAUAUCUAUAUAUAUAAACUAGUAUAUAUCUCUUAGUGCUGCUGAAGUUUAUCACCGAGCAAAAUCGUGUUGUGCGAAACGAGAGACAAUUGAUUGCACCUUUUGCUUCAUAACUGAAGGUUACCAACACUUGUCAGUUCUCCUGCCUUUACAUCGAUCCAGGGAUGAUUUGAGCAAAAUUUCACCACCGGAGUUUAUAGAAAAUGAAUAGCAACUCACAGAAAAUAUUUUUUAAACGUGAAGACACUUAUUACGUCAUCACCCAUAACUGUAGAUUGCUCACUCGUGUCAAUUCUGCUGGUUGUACAUAAAUUCAGUAUUGAUUUUAGCAAGGGUUCGCUGCCAGUGCUUACUAAAACGGAAAAAAUUAGGGAGAAAAAUCAGGACUGCUCGAGUCGUACAGGAACGCCACCUGUAACCAAGAUUGAAAGGGUUAAUAAGUACAGCAUCCAAUGGCCAUAUUACAGGAAACUGAUUAUCCUCCAGGAGAAAAUCGAUCUACUACUUUGAGAAACUCGGUUGAUCAUCUGAGAUAUAAAACCUACAUUUCGUCCUAAAUGAACGCUACUGGUAAACAGAGAUGAAAGGGUUAAUAUGCACAGCACUUGAUGGUCAUAUUACAGGAAACUGAUCACCCUUCAGGAGAGAAUCGAUCUGCAACUCUAAGAAACUCGGUUGAUCAUCUGAGAUACAAAACCUACAUUUCAACCUAAAUGAAUGCUACCAGCAAACAGAGAUGAAAGGGUUAAUACGCACAGCAAUUGAUGGUCUAUUACAGGAAACUGAUCAUCCUUCACGAUAAAAUUUAUAUACAGCUCCAGGCACCUUGGUUGAUACUCUUGAGUUUUAACGCUUACAUUUUAUCCUAAAUGAACGCCACUCAUAAACAAAGAUGAAAGGGUUAAUAAGCACAGCAUCCGACGGUCAUAUUUACAAGAAAUUGAUCAUCUGAGGUAUAAAAACUGCUUUUUUGUCCCAAGUGAAUGCCACCCAUAAACAAUGAUGAAAGAGUUAAAAGCGAAGCAUCCGAUGGUCAUAUCUACAAGAAAUUGAUCAUUUGAGAUAGAAAAACGGCUUUUUUAUCCCAAGUGAACGCCACCCGUAAACAAAGAUGAAAGGGUUAAAAUGAAAAUCAUCUGAUGGUCUUAACUGUGUCAUAUUAUUUUUAUAAUGGUUGUUAUGUAUCUUGUUAUCCAUUACUUCUUGCAAGCUAUUCUUCAUUUUAUUUUUGUAUUUCUCGUUUUAUAAAUUUUUGUCUUGUUUUCAGUUUUAGAAUUCGUACUAAGGAAGGAAAGCUCUCUUUUUUCUUCUUUUCUUUUCUAAGAAGGCUGUAUCCUUCCUUAGUGUUGUUCUUAACGGUUGUUUAUUUUUGUACCUAGUAGAAAGUGCUAGCAAUGUGGUUUCUAGUCGAAAUGCUAUUAUGCUUUUUUUGUUAAUAUAGGUUUAACUCGUUUUAAUACUUUUGUUAUACGUAGGUUUAUCUUGUUUUAUUUUAUCUCUGCUGAACUGUAUUGAUAAGUGGAGUGAAAGAGAGUGAGAGAGAGAGAGAUCUUUAAAUAAGAGAUUUGUUCAAAACAAUAGAGGUUAUUUUGUAAAUUCUUAAUUAAUGAAUGGAGAGAGAGAGAGA